GCACACUCUGAGCUUCUUAAUUCCUCCUUUGAUUAUCUUGCUUCUCUACCCUUAUUCCUCACUUGAACAUGCAUCCAUACCAUAAUUAUCAUACCAUACCAACUCCAUAUCAACUCCCACGAUAAACAGGUUUUCUCCAAGAAAAACAUUCAAAUCAUUCUGCAGUGAUACACAGAGCAUCCACAUUCAGGACUCUACAGCAAGGGCAGUAACAGGCAAAGAAAGAUGGUUUGCAUAGGGUUUGGUCACUUUCCAAACUCCAUACAGUGCAUGAAACCACUACAAAUGCAUGCAUACGUGAUGUGGACACUAGGUGCAUUCUGAGUGUUUGUGUGCUGCAGUUCUCUGCAUUCCCAAAGAAUGAAACUGUCCAGUGCCUUUGCUGUUGUCCCCGCCCUCCUGUUCCUACAUCCUGAUUAUAUCUGCAGUGUUACAGAACAAGCCCCUGAGGAGCCGUGAGUGGUAUCACUGACGAAAACAGUUAUUGCUGGCUCUGCUUCCUCGGAGCAGCCCAGCCCUAGGCUCUCAACCUGGGCACUGCAGCUGAAACGAUGGGCAUGUCUUCAGAGGAAGAGGAUUCCACCAGUCCGAAAGAUGGGGAGUGGCCAGAAGUGGAGAAAGCUGAGAAGCUAGCCAGAGGAGCUGCCUUAAAGUGGGCUUCUGGGGUGUUUUACCAGACACACAAACUGGAGAGUCUUGGGUAUUAUAGGAUCCGGGAGAUACAGCGCAACAGUUCCAUCCAAUCACGCAUAAAGUCUACUGUACAGUCCUACUUGGAGGGCGUGAGCAUGGGCCUGGAGCAGCUACAUUCAGCCAUGGCAGAUGUCCAGUAUGUGCACCAAGCGCUGGGGAGUGUGUGCCAGGAACUGGCAUCCAAUGCCAACUCUUUCCAGAACCUGCAGUCACUUCGGGAGGUGGCGGUGGAGUAUGCCCAGUUGGGUUCAGUCGCCCAGGCAUUGCCCCGACUUUUCUCAGUGCAUGAACUCCUUCCUGAGAUCUUUGAUCUCCUGCAACAUCAGCACCUACUGGAAGCCCACACAGGGCUCAUGGACCUGGAGAGCUUACGGGAUGACAUCCUGGCCCAGCUGCAUCACCACAACCUGCUCAGCUCCUCGCACCUGGCCAGCAUAGAGUCUUACUUUGGAGGCCUGCCACGUCUGAACAGUGCCCUGGCUCAACACCUGUGGCACGUCGUGGCCAGUGGCAUGAGGCUGGUGUCUGAGGACCCGCCCCUCUUUGUUUCUGCUCUGCGCAUUAUUGAGCGAGAGGAAAGCAUCGAUGCUGCCCUCCUCCUGAGAGCUCAGCCUCCGGGCUUCCUCCCUUCAGGGCGCCCCAAAUGCUGGAGGAAGAAGUUCUUCCAGGUCAUCCAAGACACCAUAGUCGCUGCUCGUUUUCAGGCUGUGCCCAACCUGGUGCAGCAUCUCCCCAGGCACUUGGCUUCUUUGCAGAGCAGCAUCCUGGCUGAUCUGUGCGUCGUGAAAGAUCUGAUGGCCCAAUGCUGCCCACCUCACUACAACAUCAUCUCAGCCUUCGUUGCCAUGUAUCAUCAGGGCCUCACCAACCACUUGCAUCACAUCCUCACUUGGGACCUGGACAAGCAGGAGAUCUUUGCUCUCCUUCACUGGACAAUCCAUGUCUACCCCAGCCCAGAAGUGAUGACACACCCAAGCCUUCUGCCUGAAGUGGAUGCCUCCACCCUGGGCCCUCUGCUUCCCACAGACACUGUAGACCACCUGGAGGAGACCUAUGUGGGGAAAGUGCAGGCCAACAUUGCUCAGUGGAUGCAGAAGACACUGGAGAUAGAGUUUAAAGAGUGGUUUAGUGAUAAGGAGCCCGAAGUAGACUCCCAAGGCUGCUUCCAGACCAGUUUGCCCAUCAUUGUCAUGAAGAUGCUGGAUGAGAACAUUCGAGCGGCAUCUCUCAUCUCAGACACUCUCCGGCAGAAAGUCUGCAGCAUGACUCUGAGAGAGCUGGAGGCGGUUCUGGGCAGCCUGUAUGACAAGCUGGUAGAAUUUAGCAAUGAACAUCAACAAGAGCCUGCUGCAUCCACGUGCUACACACCCUACUUGCUGGCAACCCUCAACAACUGUCUGACUCUCAGCACCUCCAUCUCAGCCCUCUAUGUCAAUGACAUGUCACCCUCGGAGUCCAGCAAGAUGCCACUCGCUUUGAAUGCUGCCCUGGAGAAAGCCCAGAAGAAGGCAGGCCGGCUGCUGCUGGAGGAGAUGCUCGCAGAUCUGCAGCCUUCGUUCGCACAGCUGCCCUCCCGUCGAUGGCUGUCUGAAUCCCAGCUGAUGACUGGCGUAUGUGAGGUGACAGUCAAGCAUGUGAGAAGCUUCUGCAAAGCUCACAAACCAAUCAGCAAGUACCUUCUGUCGGAGUCUGAGCACUUGGUCAUGAGUCAGUACGUGAGGGCCCUCUUGCAGAAAAGGAUGGUGUGUCAGAAUGCAGAGCAGCGGGGCCAGAUGGCCAGGCGGAUGCUGCAGGAUGCCUCACAACUGAAGGAGCUCUUCUGCACCCUGGGCCUGGCGGAGAAUGAGCAGACUCUCAAAGUGAUUGAUGACCUGCAGGAGCUAAUCAGCCUCAAGGACCCAUCCAUGCUCAGCCUGGAAGUGCUAGGAUUUGUGACAAAAUACCCUGACAUCAGCGAUGACCACAUUUCCAUGCUCCUAGAACUGCGCGGAGACGUCUCGAAAGAAAUCCGCAAUAGUGUGCUAGAGAUCAUGGAACAGAAUCCUCAAGUCCUGCCUGAGAAUUAUGAGCUGGUUUUUAGCAACAUCUUGGUUCCUGCUCCGGAGCUGCCCUUCUGUCUUGGCAAGUCCAAGUGUGCAUAAUGCAAGAUAUUUGCAAGGGGGCAGCCCGGGCCUUCUCAGCAGCCCCUAGCUGACCUGCCUGGCUUGCAGCCGCCGACCCCUGGCAGCACAGGAGAGUUCAAAGAGGAUUCAGGCAUGUUGUUGGUUGACGGGAAACACCGGCUUGGCGCCCCUUUUGUGGAGUGACGAACCGGUUCGAAAGUCUGAGCCAGUUUGGAGGUGGGGGGGGGGCCUUUAAGGGAUAGGGAGGGUGCCCUUACCUGCUCCGCUGCUUUUCCGCUGCUGGUGUGGGGCUGCAGCAUACCUCCUUGCACCCUGGUCAGAAUUGUACCAGAAGUGGCCAACGCACAGGCACGUGCAUGCCAUGUGCACAUGUGUCGACCAUUUCUGGUACGACGCUGACCAGGGCUGCAAGGAGAAACGCAGCAGCCCCACAUCAGCGGUUUUGGGGAGAGCACCGGCAGGGGGAAAGCAGCGGGGCAGGGAAGGGCACCCACCCGGCCCCUUAAAGCCCCCCGCCUCCCAGGAAUGCACAAACCAGUUUGUGCACAUCCCUACUGGAAACCAGAGGGGACACAACUUCUCUUUGGGCAUUUAACCAGUGAUUCAAACCCCCCGUGCCAUUUGGAAGGGGACAUGUGUUGAUGUCAUGCACUCUACCCCCCCCCAUAUGUUGCUUUCACAGCCAAGCUCUCUUUACAGCAGGGAUUCUCAACUUGUGGGUCCCCAGAUGUAAUUGGACUUCAACUCCCAUAAUUCCCACCCAAAGGCCACUGGGGCUGGGGAUUAUGGGAGCUGAAGUCUAAUAACAUCUGGGGACCCACACGUUGAGAAACCCUGCUGUACAGGCUCAUUCUUUUAAAUAAGAUUAGGCUCAUUCACAUGACCACUGGCAGGCUAGGAGAAGCAUCCUACCCUAACUGGAAAAGCCAUCCGACCCAGCUGCUGCCUCCCAUACAGUCACACUCCCCUCCUCCUACCUCGGUUUUUGGACGCCCAUGACCAAAAAUCAGGAACUUGCCCUGCUCUGCCUCCCGGGCUGUACGCUUCUCCCACCCUGCUGGCAAUCAUAUGAACAAGUCUAUUGUGUGCUGGAGCAACCCCCUGUCCAGGCAGCCACUGGACAUGUCUCUGUGGCCAUGCCAUGGCUGGAUAGCGGUGUAGGCUUUAAUGCGCCCCUCAACCCACUUCUGAAUACCACCCAUGUGCAACACUUUGACAUGCAUUCAGAUCAGACUCUUAGAAGAGAUGGCUUCUCCCAAAGAAUCUUUCCCAGCCUCCCUCACAACAUUAGUUACCAAGGUUCUGUGGGGGUGAGGGACUGACUCCACAGUGUAGAUAGGUUCUCGAUAGGCCUUGUGGUUGACCAAAGUUCUGCAUUUCUAGGCUCCAAUCCAGCUAAGGUUAGUCAUGACUAAACCCCAUUUACACCAAUGGAACAAGUGAGUCAUGACUUGCAUUCUAUUCCAUUGUAUUCAGUGGAACUUAGUCAUGACUAAACAUAGCUGAAUUGGGGCCCUUAUGUUUCAGCCAAUUGUUUGCCAGGCUUCUUCCUUCCAGGAUUCACCUCUACCCUGUUCUGAUCUAGGACCCAGAAUCUGGAUGUAUUAAGUAUCUGAGAUCUCUAACUCUCUUACAACCAGAUCAAUGGAUAAAUACCUGUAUGCAAAAUAAUUAUCUAAGAGCAUAAAUACCUUUAACAAAACCAUUGUCUGCAUAAAUCUACAUUGGUAUCUAACAAAAUAGAAGUAAACCAAGAAUGAAUCCCUGUGUACUCCAAUACAGGUCACCAUUUUGAUUCUAUGUUAUAUUUACAGCAUUCAUAAACUAUCUUUCAACAUGAGUUUGUAAGGCUGUGUGAAAAUACAAAAUAUUCCAGUUAAAAUAAAUGUCAGUAAGUGUAAAUAAAAAUAGAAAAAUUAGCAAUAAAAA